AUGAACAAGAUGUCCGCCCAAAAUCAAGAACACAGCCCAAACAACGGCACCGACCAAAAGCACAAGAACAAUAAGCCAACUUGGUCCGAAUGGGCCAAAAACCAAUACGACGCUCAAUACGAGAACUGGGUUCCAUGGCUAGAAGACCUCUACCUCCGCUACUUCACCAAGGACAACAAAGCGAGUUAUGCUACCAAGGACACACUCUCCAAAACAAAAAUCACAAACAUCGAGCAAGUCAACACCCUCCAAGACGGCGUGCACAACCUCGUCGCCGGACAAGUCGGACAAGGAGGCUUGGCACAACCCGUUGGAGAUCUCUUUUCGAAGGAAGGAGUGAAUAGAAUGGAGAGGAAGGGCAAGGAUGAGAGGGGAGGGUAUUUACCUGAUACCUCUGUGGAUUCGGUGAGGAAUGUAGGUGGGCUUUUGGGUGGGAAGUAG